AUGGCCACCAGCCACACGCGCUGGGCGGUGGUCAUGAGCCGCAACGCGGGGUUCGUAGACCAGUGCAUCGAGCUGGACUUCCAGUACCCCUCAGAGGGCAUCCACCGCCGCUGGGACGCCGGCUUCCGCAUCACCGCCUGCGCCGCCACGCCCGACCAGUCCGCCUUCGCGCUGUCCGUCCCGCGGCGCCGCCCGAUGGACGAGACGCAGGAGACGCUGCGCACCUCGGCGUUCCCCAGCAGCCACGUGAAGGAGAAGUGGGCCAAGAACCUGUACAUCGCCGGGAUAGCCUACGGCCGCACGGUCAGCUGA